AUGAAUUAUUGUCAGAGGUAGACACAUCAUGGCUGGAUAUACUAGACUGUACUUGUAUACUUUCACAGCCAAGAUUUGCGAUUACGAGAGAUGACAAAAAAAAUACGCAAAACGAAGAACAACCAUUACUUUGCAGGCUCUUUAAGGGUGACUCUUUGAGUCAUAAUAAUCUUGCCCAAUAUUUUGUAUAUAGAAAAA